AUGUCUAUCAAACGUGCGCUCUCCAAGAUUGUACCCAACAAGUCGUCGCCCGACGAUGAGUCGAGUCACAGUACCCCGGCCUCGGCUGCAUCCAUGUCUCCCCGCCGCAGCAUUCUCAGCAACUUCCUGCGCGAUCGCGACUAUGCCUCUUCCUCUGAUGACGGCUCAGAUGACUCUUCGUCGCCUGGCAGCAUCAGCAAGAAUCAGCAGAAACGCCUGGCACGUAAACAGCGCAAAGAGAAGUCCCGUCUGAGCGAGGAGCGUCAUUCUGACGAAUCCGAUUCGCGUCGGAAGGAGGAAGUCGCUAAUGCCACCCGCGAAGAGACCUCGGAGAUGAAGGCUCGCUAUGGCGAAUUGCCGCUGAUACAGUCCCGGACACGCCCUCGUGAGGUCCGCACCAAUCUAGAUGCCAUCUCCGAGUCCUUGGUGGGCCAGCAGGUCUGUUUUACAGCUCGUCUACAUAUCAUCCGUCGCAUGAGUGCCAAGCUGGUCUUCCUCGUGUUCCGCCAGCAGCUGUUCACCUUCCAGGGUGUUCUGCAUGAGGAGGCAGGCGUCAAGUCCAUCGCCAUGAUUCACUGGGCCGAGCAUCUGCGUUUGGGUUCCAUUGUCCGUGUGCGGGGAACAAUCCAGAAGCCUCAGGUGCCGAUCUUGGGCUGUACCAUUCACGACGUCGAGAUCUCCAUCGACGAGCUGCACCAGGUCGUGCGUCGCGAGGAGCCCGUCCCAUUUAGUAUCUAUGAGGCAGAGAUUCAAACGGCCGAAGAGGAGCGCAUCGAAGGCCGCCGCAGUCACAUCCCCGAUCGCGUUCGUCUCACCAAUCGUCUACUUGACUUGCGCACCCCGACCUCUCAGUCCAUCUUCCGCAUUCAAUCCGCCAUCUGCAACCUCUUCCGAUUCGCUCUCGAUGAGCAAGGCUUCAUGGAGAUCCACACGCCCAAGCUGCAAGGCUCUGCGACCGAGUCAGGCGCCAGUGUCUUCCACGUGCAGUACUUCGGGCGAGAUGCUUUCCUGGCGCAGAGUCCACAACUAGCCAAGCAGAUGGCUAUCGCCGCCGAUUUUGGCCGUGUAUACGAGAUUGGCGCUGUGUUCCGAGCCGAGAACUCCAAUACCCAUCGCCAUCUGACUGAGUAUACUGGGUUGGAUAUCGAGAUGGCCAUCGAGGAGCACUACCAUGAAAUGUUGGAAGUGCUGGAUGCCGUGAUCAAGUCCAUUCUUCAAGGUGUGUAUGGUCGUUACCGCCGCGAGGUGGAGACUGUGAAGCACCAAUUCCCGUCAGAAGAUGUUGUGUGGCUGGAGAAGACCCCCAUCCUGCGCUUCUCGGACGGUAUCAAGAUGCUGAAUGACUCUGGCUGGCGCGACGAGGACGGCAACCCGCUGCCAGAGGAUGAGGACCUCCACACUCGCGAUGAGAUUCGUCUGGGUGAGUUGGUCAAGGAGAAGUUUGGCACCGACUACUACAUCCUUGAUAAAUUCCCUGCCAGCGCACGCCCCUUUUAUACCAUGCCCGACCCCGAGGAUGACCGAUUCACCAACUCGUUCGACAUCUUCAUUCGCGGUCAGGAGAUCGUCUCUGGUGGCCAACGUAUCCACGACCCCCACAUGCUCGAGGAGAACAUGCGUCGCUCUGGCAUUGACCCCGAUACCAUGGAAGACUAUAUGGAGGGCUUCCGCUGGGGUGCGCCACCCCACGCUGGAGCAGGUGUUGGUCUGGAGCGUCUGCUGAUGCUGCUUCUGAAACUGGGCAAUAUCCGCCUAGCAUCUCUCUUCCCUCGCGACCCCCGCAGCUUUCCGGCCAAGCCGGUGGCGGCACAACUGCGGCACCCAGAGUCAUCGACUAUUGAUCCUCCGUGGGCGCGCGACAGGAAGGGUGCCAUCGCACAGGAUACGAGUCAACUCCAGCCGCUCGAGCAUCUCAUUGCCAAUUACGGCGAUGCUACCUCCACCUCCUGGGGCGAUGAGCGCUUCAAGAUCUGGCGUGACAUGGGCACGGGUGCCGCUAUCUCCUACGUGCCCAGCAGCAGCAACUACGUGAUCAUUCCAGGCAACCCCUUGUGCGAUCCCAAGCAGUACCGCCAAGUGAUCACACAGUUCCUGCAGUGGUUGCGGCGCGAGACAAAGUACAAGCCCGUCUGGCUGCUCUGUUCCGCCGAAGUCGAGACCAUCCUGGGCGAGCGCAUGGGCUGGCGAACUCUGUCCUGCAUUGCCGAGGAGCGCGUAAACCCAGCCCGCAACAUGGCAGCUUCGGACGGCGAAAUUGCUCGCAAGAUCCGACACGCCGAAAGCGAGGGCGUCAAGAUUGUGACCGUGAACAGAGGCGAGAUGGUCUCCGACGAGGUCCGCCAGAAGAUCGACCAGCGCGUCCAGGACUGGCUCAACAACCGCAAGGGCACACAGGUACACUUGUCCGAGAUCCGCCCCUGGCGCGAUCCCGAGCACCGCUGGUACUUCUAUGCCGUCGACAAGGAGGGCACCAUCUGCGCCUUUGUCGCCCUGGCCACGCUCGCCCCCGUCCACGGCAUGCAGAUCAAAUACAGCUUCGACUUCCCGGGCUCCCCUAACGGCGUUAUCGAACACAUCGUCACCCACGCUAUUCAAACAGCCGCCGCCGCUGGCGUCAAGUCCUUCACAUUCGGCGCCGGCGCCAUGUCCUCGCUGACCCCCGGCCAUAACCUCCGCGGCGCGCGCAUCAAGAUGCUCCAGCACACCUACGACACCAUGGCCAAGCAGUUCCAUCUGGUGCGCAAGAGUGAGUUCCGGGCUAAGCUUGGCGCCGAGGACGACCCGCUCUAUAUUGCUUAUCCGCCGCACGGCCUGGGCAGUAAGGGUAUGCGUGCGGUGCUGCAUUUCUUUGAAGAUUGA